UGUCGACUGCGCUACCCAUCCCCUCUCGCUCGCCUCUUCCGACAAUACGGAACAGGAUCGACUCCCGACGCGUUCCAUCAUGGAGGACAUGCCUCCCAGGCAUCGGGCUCCAGCCGUUUAUCGAGUUCCACUAGGAUCUCCGUCUUCCGGACCUCGUCGGCCGUCCCGUGGGAGUGUCGAGACUCCAGAAACUUCUGGCCACGAAAGAAAGCGUCGUAGAACAAGCAACCCGGAGCAACACGCAGAUGAGACCAUAGAGUCCGUUGAUCUUACAGCCCUGGAGGAUACAAAUCCGGUCUCAAGGACACAGGCCAAACAACGAGAGGACGCCAUACUUGCGCAACAAUCUUUAGACGAUAACCAGGGGCGUUCUGUUUUGACUGCGUACAAGUGUCCGGUGUGCAUGGACACCCCCGUUGACGCCACUAGCACUGCGUGUGGGCACCUUUUCUGUCACAAGUGCAUCAUAGACACUUUGAAGUUCAGCGAAGAACAGCGCGCGGAUACGUCUGGCAAAGGCCCUCGGGGCACUUGUCCUGUGUGCAGGAAGCCUCUCGCGAGAAAUGAUCUACCUGGUCCGAAGAGAAACCUUAUACCUUUGCAGAUCAGACUCACUACUCGAAAGAAAAGAGAGGCGAUAGAAUGAAUGCAAACAUCACCAACACUGGUUAUGAUCUUUUAUCGAGCCGUCUUCUGCUAUAAACUGCUUCACGGGUUACAACAAGGAAGCAGCCCCCAGGGACGGAAGAUUGUGUCCCCCACUGGGCAUUCUCCAUCCUCUCACGCCAUGUCGAU